AUGGAAUUCAAAGAAAAAUCUGCAAUUGUGAGCUCAAGAGACUGCCCCGUGUCAAAUUUUCAACAAAAGCGCCCUUUUAUGCCUGGAUUUGAUACAAAAUUCAAUGAUAAUAAAAAACGAAAACUUUGAAAUGGAGUCGAGCAUAUAAAAGCGGCCCCAUCUAACAAUCUGACUUCUGAGGAAAGAGAAUUAUUAAAAAUUGAAGCUGAAAUUAAUGAAUUUGAGCGGCAAAAACUCUUAAAUUUAAUGACCUAUCAAAGAAGCAAAAAUUAUACACCAAUUAAUUUGCCACAUCAUAGCACAGUCCCUCAACCGUUUGUAUUAAGAACCGAACAAAUACCUUGCGCAAAGGACCAUUUGAUAGAAGAGCGAUGCUUGAACGCAAGACCUAUUUUUAAAGCCCGCCCUAUGCCUAGGUACAAUGAGCCUCCCAUAUAUAGAAGCGAUAAAAAAUUAACAGUCCCGAGGGAAUUUGAAUUUUCAACCCCAACCUCAACCAGGCAUAUGGAUUGCCACUAUUCAACUCCUACAAAUCUCUGCCAUAGUGUGGAUUUUUCCCAUAGCAUCUGUGACAGUCCUGCUUUUCAUGCUAAAGAGAUGCCUGAUUUCUCGAACCCUUUUACACCCACAAAAAGUUUUACGCCAACAAAGUUCCAGCCUUUCCACUUAAAAACAGAAGAAAGAGGAAGUUCUAAAAAGAAAUCAGAGCAGCUAGAAUAUCAAAGGAGCUUGCAAGAAAAUUCUAUUAGUAUGUUUAGAGCAACCCCUAUGCCUGAUUUCACACCUCCCUCAUUAAAAAAAUCAGAAAGACCCCCUACUACGCCUAUCCCAUUCGUAUUGGCAACUGAACGAAGGAGCAUGGAGCGCCCCCCCUCUUACUCCCCUUCUACCUUUCAAAAUUUCAAAGCCAAGCCGAUGCCAGAUUUUUCCCACCCCUUCUUCCCUGUUAGUAACAACAUGGAGCUCACGCAGCCCAUGGAUAUAGAACUUCACACAGAUAAGCGAGCAGAAGAAAGAGCUGCAUUUGAAGAAAGUCUUCGAGAAAAAGAAAGACAAGAAAGUCUGCUAAGAAGUUUGGAAGAACAAGAGAGAAAAAAGAAAGAAAAUCAUGAGGUCCAGCUCUUCAGAAAGCAGGCUGAAUUUCGAGCUCGACCUAUGCCAGGGUUUUACUAUUCUGGCACUGAAAACAAUAAUCCAAAUUUCAAAGAAAUUGUUUCAACUCAUUAUUCCUUCAUGGAAACAGAGACUUCAAUAACACAAGAUGAGGAAAUGACUGAUGCGCCAUAA